AUGAAGUAUCCUCUGGUUCCUUUGGUGAAUGAUCUGACCUUUCCUCUUCUUUUCUUCUGGUUUUGUUUGCCAUUUGUAAUGCUGUUGAUCAUAAUGAUGAUCUGGCUACAGCUUCUGCUUAAUGAAGCACAGAUGCCCAGUGCAGAAGAAAUAAAGAAACAAUCUUCUGAUGAAUCUGAUUCUGAAUCUAAAUUUGAGGAUGAACCAACAGAAGAAGAAAACCAGAAUGACACAUCCAGUACAGAGAUGCAAGAGGAGAUGCAAUCCAGUGGAUCUGCAGGAAAGCUCAGGCCCAAGCUUGCUUAUCUGUUGCGCACCAUGCUUUCUUCUCUCAUCUGGAGCAACUGGCAGACAAAGUUCCAGAUCUCUAAUGUCCUGAGGAUUCAACUGCUGCUGUCCUCUCUGAUUAUCUACAUGUCUCAGCUGUUUGUUUUCCUGGGUGAAAAAGUUGUGAAAAUCCUGGAUGCCCUGAGGCUCGAGACCAGAGGGCUGUUGGCUUCAGUCUUGGGGAGGAAACUGGAACAGAGUGGUGAAGCUCAGAGGGCCACCUCGGGGUUGAAAUAA